ACAAUAGGUGUGUAGAGUAAUGCCACUUUGUUAUCGAGUGGAUGGCGCUAACGGUUAAACUUUGAGGAAGUUGCAGACUUGAGUUCAUUGCGGGAUAGCCAGGUGACUCGGCAGACAGACAAGUGUUGAGACUAACCAGUAGUAAACAGCUGAUAUGGUGGGCUGGGAGUUUAGACUGUGGCUGACGCUGAUCGUGGUGUAUUACGUGGCGCAUGGAAGAGAAGAUUCAGAUUAUGGCAAGCGACCAAGACGGAAGGCCAAAAUGCAACUAAAGAAAGGUUUGAAGAUUUUAGCUGAACUGGGAGACAAGAAUUUGUUUUGGUCUGAUGAUCUGAAACCUAUGUUAAUACCAAGAAUAUCAGGCAGUGACAACAAUAAAAAAGUCCAAAAGCAUAUUAAAGACAGACUAUCACCGUUGGGUUUCACAAUAGAGGAGGAUCAUUUUGAGGAUGACACGCCUUACGGACGGAAGCCAUUCACGAACAUCAUAGCAACAUUUAAUGUCAGUGCACCUCGCAGACUCACCCUGGCCUGCCAUUUUGACUCCAAGGACAUGACUCAUGAGAAGAAGCCAUUCGAGUUCAUCGGUGCCACCGAUUCAGCAGUGCCUUGUGCCAUUCUACUGGAGAAUGCACGCCUUCUUCAGUGUUUGCUCAACAAGAGAGAAAAGGAUCUAGACUUCACCCUACAGCUGGUGUUCCUGGAUGGAGAGGAGGCGUUCAAACACUGGAGUCCCACUGACUCCAUCUAUGGCGCCAGACAUCUGGCCUCCAAGUGGAAGGAACAGCGACAUCCACAAAAUUCAAGUCUUUCCAUGUUACAUGCAGUAAAUGAUUUUGUUUUGCUGGAUUUGAUAGGCACAAAAGAUACGAGAUUUGCAAAUAUAUUUCCAGAAACAUCUAAAUUAUAUCAAGAUUUACAUAAAAUAGAAAAAGAUCUUUUUAAAGAGAACCUGUUGUUGAGAAAAGCAGAUUCCUAUGAGAAGUACGUUCGAGAGAGAAAAGUUUUAUUUCCCAACAUGCCAACAGCCAGGCAUGCAGGUGUCCAAGAUGAUCAUUUGCCCUUUAUGUAUGAAGGUGUUCCAAUAUUGCAUUUGAUAUCACUUCCUUUUCCAUCAGUAUGGCAUGAAAUAACAGACAAUGGAGAUUCACUGGAUGCAAAUACUAUCGAAGAUUUUAGUCGAAUUUUCCGAACAUUUGUCGCAGGGUAUCUUCAAAUCAGUGGGAAUCACUCUGGUUGCAAAAAAAACAACUCCAAGUCAGAAUUAUGAUCAAGACAUUAAGAUGUUAUUUCAACCAUUAAAGGGACUAUAAUGAGUUUGUAGCUAUUAAAAUAGACAGUGGCUUAUUGUACUCAUGCCUGGAUAAUAAAAGCUCAGAAAGUUUGAAUUAUAAAGCAUUGUAUCAUUAAAUACAUUUGAUCCACUUAUUUCACAUUCUUUGUGUACACUGGUGGUUGGGAGGAGAAACAAAUGGUUUUAUAUGGAAUUUUUGUACAUAAAAUCCAUACUGUUCACAUAUCUUCUAAAUAUUGUAAUUUAAAUACAUUUAUUCAGAAAGGCUACAUUGGAUGUGACUUAAAAGUUUGUUUUGUUUAACUACACCACAAGAGCACAUUGAUUUAUUAAUCAUCGACUAUUGGAUGUCAAACAUUUGAUAAUUCUGACAUUGUAUUUAGAGGAAUUCCAGUACAUUUUUCCAUUAGCAGAAAGGAAUCUUUUAUAUGUUCUUCUCACAGACAGGACAACUCAUACCAUUGCCUUUGAUAUACUGGUCAUGGGAUGCUGGUUUGGAUGGGGGGAGGAAAUGAUCAAGGAUGUGUUCACAUGAGGGAAUUCGAUCCUUUAAGCCAAGCCCCUCAGACAAGUACUCUGCCAACUGAGCUUGAUCCCAUCCACAUCGACUGAAAACAUGUUACCAUGGUUAUAAACUCAGAAUAGCCCCUUUGAUGUAUCACAUUUCUCUUGUAAAACUAACAUUUGUACAGUUAAUAGUUAUUAUUGUAGUACUGCUUUUUCUGUAACAAACACAGAUUCUCAAAUUCAGUGUUCUCAGUUUGUUAUAUGAUAGCUGCACAGUUUGUAAUAAAUUUAUCUUUUGACUGGUUUUAGUAUUUUCCAAAUGAUACUUGCCACUUUUUAUUUGGAACUAACAUAACUCUUAAACAUGGGGAUUCAUGGGUUUAAUUGUUGGUUUUUGGUAUGUUUUUUUACUUGAUAUGUUUGUUUCUGCAUAUAUUAUUAUUUACAAUACAUGUAUAUGCUUUCUAGUGUAUAAUAUUAAUAUACAGUAUUUUUCUGUUCAUUAAACUUCUAAAAUGUGGAGAUAAUGGGAUUACUUAUUUGGGUUUUUUAAAAUAAUUUUCUUACUGGUAAAAAAAAAAAAUUGUGUUUGCAUAUUUUAUUUAACAAAAUAUGUUUUGUAGUGUAUUUAUAUAUAUUUAAUAUAUACCAAGUUAGAUUGAGAGUAGUAUUUCUUUUAAGGUCAUUAAUUACUACAUCUUUAAUAGAAUAGAUGUAUUUGCUUUUAUUUGGUAAUUUCUUGAUUGUUUAUAUAAAGCCAUUAUACAGUGAAACUCUGCUAUUGCGAUCAUCAGUGGGAAAUACAAAAAUUGGUCUUAAUAAUGGGGUGUUUCUAAUACCGAAUUACAAAUUUUCAGAAUAAUGAUUGCUUGGUAAAUAUUGAUUGUGUAUUUUAUGUCCCACCCUCCUUCCCGGUUGUCAUCAACAAUGUCUCAACAGAUACAAUUAAUAGGUUCUGAUGGUGUAUUGCUAUUUAUACUGACUGGCAAGAAUAAUUAAGUGUCAAACCUACUUCAGUUAUUUUUUAGUAUGGUCCCCAUAUUUUUCUUAAUUAUUAUGCAAUAGAGAUUAACAACUCUCUGGAUAAAAGAUACCAAUCUGAUGUUUGAUGGCAUCCGCUGUAACAUAACAAGGCAAAUGCUGUGGUCGCAUUUAUGGGGUCAGAAUAUACUGAAAAUGUACAUUGGGUCUGCUGGUUGUAAUCUAAUAGUGGAGUGGUCUUUAUACCAUAGUAUUUUAACUAUAAAAUGAUACGGAAAUAUUCUGGUCUUUAAAAUAUUGGGCUUUAUACUGGGGUGGUCUUAAAGCUAGAUGGUCGUUAGGUGUACUUUCAUUGUAUAAAUAUAUAUGUUAUUUUAUCUAAAGCUUCAAUUUACAGUUUUGAUCAUCAAAAUAUUAGUUUAACAGAAAUUAAAACACAUUGCACUGUUUUGUAUGCAGUGUAUUUUAAAAAAAAUUCGUAAGGUAUUCUGAAAUCUCAAACUUAUUGUGUGAAUCAAAAUAUUUAAUUUUAAUAUGACCUAUUUUUUUCCAGACAGUCUUCAGAGGUUCCAAUAGAAGAGGGUGCAGAGACAUCGAAUAAAAUAUUUGAUUAUCGUUUUAAUAACUGGAAUGAACAAGACACACAAAAAGGGAGCCGCGAGUACUUAAAUGAAUGGAUUUAAGAGUUAUUGUG